UAUAAUUUUGGUUGAGAGCUUUUCUAGUUUAUUAUAAUUGUUUUUAAUAUUUUUGUAAUGCCUCAGUCGGACUACUGGCCUUUUAAAAAUCAGACCGAUCCAAUCGACAGCAAUCCGGAGCCAUCUAUUUUGCAAAAACAGCUUGGUGCUAUGGAAGGGGAAGUGAAGGAAAUCCAGAUGGAGCUGGCAGCGCUCAGGCGAGACCGCGGGAAUUUACAUAGUCGGAAACAAUCCUUUAUUUCGCCGGAUCCUGUUAAGUCGGAUCCUACAUACGUGGAGACUACGAAAACUCAACAGGACUGUACCAGAAUACCACAGAUAUCAAAACUUCGGGAAGAGUUAAUCAGAGCGAAAAAUGCGGCGGACGAAGAACGGUUCGAAAGAGAGAAGUAUGAAGGGAAAUUGAAAGAUUUAGAAUCGAAACUGAAUACGAUCUGCAAUGUUUGCAUUGUUGAGGACUCACGAAAAAAAUCAAACGAAGAAGUUACAACUUUGAAAAACAAAAUAAGAGACAUGGAAGAAGAGGCUGAAGAAAUGAAAGUUACUAUUACUGAGAAAAAUGACCAGUUACAAGAUUAUCGAAUUAAGUAUCUUCAAGCACAACAGCAAGUCGAGGAACUGAAACGACAGUUGGAUUUAAUCGAAUACGACAAUAAACAAGUUUCCGAUCAAAUACAAAUAGAAAUACAAAAGAUGAAGAUGCAGUUCCAGGAGAAGCUACAAGAAUUGGCUCCUUUACCAGAUUUGCUAAAAGGUGCUCAAAUACAGCUGCAAGAAGCAAGGCAGCUGCAAAAGUUGGCUGAAGAAAACUCGCACCAGCUUUCAACAGAACUACACAAAGUUAAAGAGAAGCUUGUUAUAGCAGUGAACAACCUAAAUGCUGAAAGGAUUGAAAAGUCAAAGCUCAUCGAAGAGAGUAAAGAAACUAAAUUGGAGUUGGAUGUAAAGAACCAAGAUAUAGCCGUAUUAAACAAUAAUGUGGAUGAUUUGAAAUGUAAAGUGCUGCGACUCGAAGAGAAACUGGUACAGCUGGAGACCCGUUACAAAGAAAAGGCGUCCGAAUGCGCGAUCCUCAUCAAGGACCUGGAAGAGAUGCGCGUGGAAAGUUCCAGAACAUUGACCCGUAACAAGGAACGAUCUGAAUCGAUGCGGCGGUACAUGCAGAGCCAGAUAUCGGAGCUGGAGCGGCAGCUGAUACAGAGCCGCGCGCAGUGCAGAGCGUGCCAGAAGGAGCGGGAUGAGAUUCGACAACGAAUGAAUCUACAAAUCAACAAUUUGCAAGAGAAUUUUGAAAUGGCUGAGAUUCGCCUGCGAACGCUGCAAAGUCAAAUUGCGUCUCUGAAGAAUAGCUAUGCAGUUAUUUUAGCUGAUGAUGAUGAUAAUGGGGAAUUUAAUAAAAUAGUGACUACAUGUGAUUGAUUGUGUUAUAAUUAUACUUCGAUAUAUAGAGAUUCGAAAUAAAUACUUCAUAAUGUAACAUUGAAAGAAAAUUUCA